UCUUUCGCAGCAUCAUCAGGCUGUACUCAGUUUUUUUUCCGACUUACCGUAGUGUGCACUUAUGGUAGCGGCCAAUAUUGCUUUGUGCCACGAUUAAAUGUGUUUACGUUUGUAAGGUACUAAGGGCAGCAGUCUUUCACAUUUACCUCUGGUUACGCGCAAAACAUUGCCGUCCACAUCCGCAGCUGCGUUGCCGGGCGUGUUGCUUGCCAUUCUCUCGAAAGUUUUACCACACAGAAGUUUGCCGCUUACCUAUGAUUUUUUCAGUCGACUGUGUUGUGUCUAAUCUAAUUUUAAACGUACCGCGAUAACUGUUUAUGUUACAUUUUUUGUUGAAGCCUUGAGAACUGUUAAACGGCAGCUUCACGAUCACAUCCGGUGGCCCGGUGUUCCAGUUGAACGUUUUUUAUUUGAAGCCGGCCACAGCACCCUAGAAUGAGUGCUAUUAAGUUCUGGACAUUAACGGUUUCCUUGAGUGCAGUAAGGUACUCGUGCGCACAGUUCUCGUUUCCCGUAAAUUCCUUAGCCGGCAUGUACAGUCAGCCGAAUCCCGGCAGCUUUCUUCCGCCUGGUCAGCCAUCGCCAAUUCUAUCUCGUCACUCGAUGUCUUUUGCGCCAAACGUCCAUUUUGGUACCAUUCUGCAGUCUAGUCCAUCAAUGCAGGACGACAUGUUGAUGCGUCCUGGCAUGCAGCCGGGUGCCGGUUUGCAUCCGUUGCCGCCCGGGUCAAUGCAGAUGCCCAGCGGACUAUCGCCGGCGGAACUCGCCAUGCAGUCACAGGAUCAGCAACCCUUUGCGCGUCCCAAUCCGGCCAGCAUUUUUGCCGCACGUCGGGCCGGCUUAUUUGGAUUAGCUGGUGGGUCACCGGCAUACGAUCCCCAAGGCGGCCGACCGGUGGACACGCCGGACACGAUGCAGCCGGCAUAUCCAAUGCAGUUUGAUAACAGCGGCGUGCCCGGCGUCGGCGGCAUGCCUCCUUUUACGCUAACAGGGUCACCGUUCCGCGGUGAUGGAAUGGGUGUCUCGUACUUCCCGGUUGGUCGAUUCCGGCCAGGUGCCGAAGUGUUCAUGAUCGGAACCAAGCCGGACCAAGAAGAAGGUGGUCUCGAUCCCAAUGUGGCCGUGAACGGUAACGAUACGGUUACCAAAAGCGACACUUCACCGCUAAGCAAUGGCACUGCUAAACCUUCAGCAGCAUCGAGUAACCAGCCAACUGCAAGUCAAGUUGGUGGAGGAGUUCAAAAACCUGUGGAAAGCGUCCCGACUGCCUCCACCACAGUUUCGCCAAACAAAUCGCAAACAUCCCAGCCACCUUGUGCACAUCCAGUGUACAUGAACAGGAUUUUCAUGUCCACCGCGCUGUCCAUGGGACUAAUUUCAUCCAAUACCAGCUGCAUCAUAUUAGUGGAUCACUAAAAUGUCACAUAUCUAAAAGUAAAAAAAGUAUUCGUAUUGUCGUUGGAUGUUGAUCAAGCGCUUUCAUACUUCUGUUGAGCUCUGCAUACUGUGUGAAAUCGUUGUUCAUGAUUAUUUUAUUGAUUGUUAAUCUUUUGCACAAUAUUAAAAUGAAAGU